AUGAUGCCGCCGCUGGUGGCGACCCAGUCCCCGAAGACACCGCCGAGUGCGGCGAACAACAUGUUCUCGCAGCCGCCUUGCGUGGCGACCUUCCCGUACAAGAUCUUCCUGACCAUGAUCGUGGAGCCGCUGCCGCUGCCCACCCCGACUGGGCUGUCCCAGGCGCCAAGUUUUUGCGACGCUCGGACAUCAUCCAGAUCAGCGGCUGCAGCUGGUCACAUCAUAGCCUGGCGAAUGAAUUGGUUUGCACCGCAGCGGAGCUUCAGCAUGGUGUUCUGCAUGAUGUUGCACGGGCCGUCCUGCCGCCUGGAGUGGCUGCUGCUGUUCCCCACGACCUCCCCGAAGUACAUGCACGUGAUGUUGAUUUCGACCACGCAUGGGGGACCUGCUGGGACUACGUACGCAAGGAAUGGCACGGAUCGGCUGCAGCAGCCCAUCCCUCACAACCCGAAGCAGCUCUGCAUGAUGAUGCACGCGCGCUUCUGCCGCCUGGUGUGUGGCUGCCGCUGCUCAUGA